CGCUACUCGUCCUCUAGUUACCGCUGUCCGCCGACCGUGUGCGCGUCUUCCGGCGCACUAAUAUACGAGUAUUGUUACAUUUUCAAAAUUCAUUAGCAGUUGUCUUCGGGAAAAACGUAAAAUGAAACUGGCACGCUUUUUCACGAAGCACUCGUAACAUUAUUAUUGGCAAUGAUUAGUUUUACGAUUUUUGAAGUUUUCUGCACUUCCAAAACAAAGGAUUAACCAAUUCUGCGAUACUGGUUUGGAUGGCUGUUGCUGUACAGCCGGUGCUAGACUCACCAGUUGGGUCGAAGGUUUUUAACUACACAUUUCUGGAGGCGAGCCUUUUCUCCAAAAACCGUUCAUGGUUUCUAUGGAUGAGCCUGAGAGCACAAGCAGACGAUGGAAAGGGGUAAACUCCAAAGGCUGCUCUUCCUACUCGCCUCUGGGGGACGAGCCCACAGCCGCUCGCGAGGCAUCCGGACCUCCAGUUCAGAACGAGCCAGUAGACUUGAGCAUCAAGAGCGUCAAGACCAACCCCGAGGCAGCAGUGGUGCUUACAGUGCCGAUAUACAGCCCCAUACACCUGAAGCGAGAAGCUCCGAUUCCGUCCAAGGAAGACGUCUUACCUCGAUGUGCCUCAGCAUACAGGAUCAAGGAACCUUCAUUACUUUUCCCAAGUUCGAGCCCUCCAGAAUAUUCAGAUAGUCUUCAGAGGAGGAAGAUCCACAGAUGUGAUGUACCCGGCUGUGAUAAAGUCUAUACUAAAAGUUCUCAUCUUAAGGCUCACAAACGUACCCACACAGGUGAAAAGCCUUACCGGUGCUCUUGGGAAGGAUGUACCUGGAAGUUUGCACGUUCUGACGAGCUGACAAGACAUUUCCGCAAGCACACUGGACAAAAACCUUUCAAAUGUCAUCUCUGCCAGAGAUCGUUCUCCAGAUCUGACCAUCUUUCAUUACAUAUGAAGAGACACUGAGGAUAUCUACCAAGUGGAAGUCCCGACCGGUCCAGAAGGUUUCGUGUUUUUAAGUUCAUCCAGAAGGUUUCAUGUUUUUAAGUUCAUCCAGAAGGUUUUAUGUUUUUAAGUUCAUCCAGAAGGUUUUAUGUUUUUAAGUUCAUCCAGAAGGUUUUAUGUUUUAAGUUCAUCCAGAAGGUUUAAGUUUUUAGUUUUGUGUAAAAGGAUGCACUUUAUUAAAUAAGAAAGUGGUGGUAGCUUAAGAAUUAAAAUAGUGUUGCCCAAUUAAUUACUAGUAUGGCCAACAUUAAUGUGGGUGCAGAACAAUAACGUAAAAAAGACUUCAUUCACAAAACAACUUAAUCAGUAUUAAUCCUCCUUAUUUGUACACUUAUGGUUUUAAAAAUAAGUAAAAUUUACAAUAAAAUUAAACUCCAAAAGUUUACAUUUUAACACUAAUUGAUGAUGGAUUUCUAUUACAGACAUAUAACCAAUAAUUUAUGUUCAUUAAUUCAUUUAACAUUAAUGUUACUAAAAAUAAUAUUUUCUAAUUUUAUGUUCCUUUAAUUAUUAUCAACUCUUGUGGUUGAAAAAGGUCCUUUUUAGUGUGUUGUAAGUAAAAUGGGUUAUUUCCAGUCACUCUAUGAUACUACCAAGCGUGUUGAACCACCUUCACAACAAUUUACUUUAGAAAAAAAUUGUACUUUAAACUAUGUAACAUUUAGUUAAUUUUUUUAUCGAUUAAGUAAUUUUACGUUGCUUCGGUCAGUAUAAAUAUAUAUAAAAUAAAGUAGUGUAUAUAUGUAAUAUUUGUUAGGAUAGCUUUAUUAUUUGGCCAGUGCAAACCGCAGUAUUAUAAGGCCAGUACCUAUUGCAGCUGUAAGACAGAUAACUUGUUUAUAUAUGUACAUGAAUACUUUUAUAAAAUAACUUUUGUACAGUGUUAAUUUAUAUGGUCAAAGCAAAUGCUAUCGUUAAUAUGGUAUGAGAACCUCCAGAACUUAUAACAGUAUAUGUAUGAAUCAACUUAUAACAGCAAUAAAUCUUGCUACAUAUGAAGAAAAUGUCCUAAUACUAGGAAAAGCCAAAGUUUUAAAAUUCUUUUUAUCUUUCUAAAUCUCGAGUAUUAAAUGCUUGCCCAAGAUAAAAGAUUUCAAAUGGUUUGCCAAGAAAUAUGCCACAUAUGUUUUAACCAUACUCAGUUCCACAUUCAUUUUGUAGUAAACUUUAUGAAAAUGGCCUUUCUUCUAUCAGAUCUAUACAUGUUUAAUUUUACGCUAAUAAAAACACAAACAGCUGAUCAAUAACUGAAAAAAUGUUUUGAUGACAACCAUAUAAUGUUGGCACAGCCUUUACUUUGGCUCUUGUUUACUACGUGAAGACAUAGCCAGGAAAUAAACUCAAAACCUUUAUAUAAAACUUACUUUAUAAAAAAAAUGAAAACCAAAGGUUGACUAGCCUAUAACCUGCUAACUCAUAAAACCCCUAUUAUUAAAAGGAGCUUUGAAAUCCAAUUCAUAAAAAAAAUUACUCAACCUUGCCUGAACUAAGGCUAAAUGCCGAUUGUGCUCUAACUGACAAUACAAUUUCUUCAUUUACAUUAUCUUAAACACGAAGUAAGGAUGGUAUUUGGCUCUAUGAAGAGUGCUAGUCGUGGAACUGAGCUUAGGACACCUUUGAUUUUUUAUUGUAACGAUAAAGAAAAAGAAAAAUGUUUAAACUUGUGUUAUUUACUCUUUUCUUUGAACUGACAACUGAUCUCUAACUUAAUUAUACUUAUCAUGCUGAUUUACAAAAACUGUAAUUAUAAACACUAGGUUGUAUAAAAUGUGUAUUUAAGGGUAAACCCUCACAAUUGUCGUUUACUUAACCUGUACUAUGACUUUGGAUUUUUCAAGUAGAUUUAAUGAUUUAAUUCUAAAAUAUGAAAACUGUUUUGAUUUGUGUUAAUGUCCGUUAACUCUUAAAGAGUGGAUGUUGAAUAAAUGUUUUACGGUAAGUUAUCCAUUGUGCGCUAUUUGUUGUUAUAUCAGUUGACGAGCAUCAUUUAUAAAUAUAUUGUUCUAUUUGGGCGUAUUAAUUUCAAAGUUACCUAUACUCCGUUCAAAAAAUUUAGGCAGUUUCAGGGGAAGAAAUCUAUCCCCUCCACAUCUUGAUCCUACUAUUGAAACAUGGCUUAAUAGCUGAGAUUUGUGAAAAAAAUAAUCAGCUGCCACAUACAUUAAGCAGAAAAAGUAGGGGGAGAUCUUCCCUUCAAACUGCCUAAAUAAGUGAACGGAGUAUAGCUUUCUGAACAAUCAUCAUCAGGCAUGAUUAUAAAAUAAAGUCUUCAGCAGUUCACUAAGGAUGAUUAUGAAGUAUUAUUAUUUGUAAUCCUUGCCUGUACAUUUGAACACCACAUAUAGUUCAUCAGGUUAAGUUCAACAAAGAUUAAUUAAGUUUCUUUUUGGCCAGUCGAGCAGUAUUUUUGUUUCAAAUUAUUACAUUCUACUUAAGAAUCGUUUAGAUUAGGUAUUGUAUAUAAUUACAUGUUAUGUAUAUUUAAUUCAUUAGCUUUUCUAAGUAUAAGGUGACAUGGUGCUGAUUAACUAUAAGCUUGUUUUGUUUAUAAUUGAUACAUUAUCGUAGUUUUUCUUUUAUUUUGAAAAUAAUAAUUAUAAAUACAUAUGAUGAUUAAUGAUAACUGGACCAGGGUAGGCAACCUUUGCUACACCUAUAAGAAAAUACAUAAAUUUUCGAUAUGGCCAAUGAGUUAGCCAUUUAAUUAAGAUUUUGAAUUACUUUUGUAUGUGUAAAUGUGACUUAGGACUUGUAUGAAUGAAAGGGCAAUACAGUAAUAAUUAUUAGCUCUUUAAGGAAAUAUUAUAACCAAAUUUUACAAGCGUUUCAGAGUCAACUGUAUAAAACACUGAUUAGGAAUCCAAAUUUCAAUAUUAAAUCAAAUUCAAAAAUUGAACAACUUGAAAGUUAUUAAAGUGAUUUUUUAUAAAUUUUGGAAAUUUUAAAUUUAAGUUAUUUACCUCUUUAAUCAUAUGAUUCAUCUUUAUCGAACAGUAUUCAUAAAUCCUUGUUAAUUGAUUCCAACUUCUUCAUAACUUUGCAUUUACGGUAACAUCAGUGUUUCCCUCAUGAAUUGAUUAAACAAGUCUGGGUAGUCAAAGACAUCUUUGACAGCGGGAAAUCAACUGCAGAAUAUAUCUGAUAGUUUUGGGUAUUAGCUUCUCAGCAGUAAAGGGCUGUAAUGUGUUGUUGGAAAUCACUAAAGAUUAAUCAGUAAUCAUUACCUUUUGAUCAGCUAAUUUUAACAAUUUUGAAUCUCUAACAAUUGUAUAAAUAGGUUGUAUUGAUUAUUUUUACUGAAGCCUUGGAAAUAAUAGUGCAAUUAGAACUUUUAUCCAUGUGACAGGAAUGUUGUCAAAACUAGUAAUUUAAGUAAGGUGCUAUGUUAAGCCUCAAUUUUUUACUAAGUUUUACUACUAUUAUUUACUAAGUUAAGCCUCAAAGGAUAAUUAUCAUUACUUAGUAUUUUAUUAACUUUACCCCCCAAAAAAUCCAAUUUGAAGUUUAGCUUCAUUUUUUUACUAAGCUAUAAAAUCCUUGGACAGUAAUUCAUAAAAAUCCUUAUCAACCUUCUUUGACAGUGAAAAGUUCAAUUACAUCACAUUUUACAAAGUUAAGUUUGUAUACUGCAAGGUUACAGCAAGGUGUUAUGUGUUAUGAUUGUGCAAUACAAAUAAAUUUAGGCUUACCUACAUUGUCACAUUAUAUUAUUUAUUUAAAGUUUGAACAAUAUGUUUAAAGAAAAAUAGCCUUGGGUAUAAUGGUUGGAAUUUAUUGUUUUGUGCAGCUAAAAUAUUAUAAACUCAAUUAAGAUACAUUUACAAAAGGAAGUAAUAAAUACUUAAUGUGUUAAUAACAUUUUUUAAAUUUAUGGUUUCUUAGGAAUUUGUUACUUUUAUGGUAGUUUUUACUCUUUCCUAAUGAGUACAUACCUUUAUUUCUCA